AAUUCUCACGAUGGCCAGCGCAGACACGACCCAGGAGAGUAUUGACUCUCUUCAAGCAAGAGUCAAAGGCUUGGAGCGUGAAUUAUCCGAGCUCAAGUCUGAUCUCGCCGCCGCAAAUGCUCGUCCAUCUCCGAGCCUCGAAACCCCCACGCACCCUGACUCAACCGACGGUCUCACGCCCGACGGAUGGACAUGGCCGCUCGCAGCAGACGAGUACAAGCGCUAUGGAAGACAAAUGAUUCUGCCUCAGAUUGGUCUUGAGGGCCAGUUGAAACUCAAGUCCAGCUCAGUCCUGAUCGUUGGCGCUGGAGGGCUUGGAUGUCCCGCAGCAGCGUACCUGGCUGGCGCAGGGGUUGGCAAGCUCGGCCUCGUCGACGGCGAUACCGUUGAGGUCUCGAACUUGCACAGGCAAAUACUCCACGGGACGCACAAGGUGGAUAUGCGGAAAGUAGACAGCGCCAUACAAAGUCUAAAAGGACUCAACCCGACAAUACAAUACGUCGCCCACCGCGAGCACCUCACCCCACUUACCUCUCUCGACAUCUUCGCACAAUACGACGUGAUUCUGGACUGCACCGACCACCCUACAUCUCGUUACCUCAUCUCCGACACGGCCGUGCUGCUGGGCAAGCCUCUCGUAUCCGCAUCUGCCUUGAAAACCGAAGGGCAACUCAUGGUCCUCAACGACCCACCUUUACCCCGGGGCGAUCCCAGCGGGGGUCCAUGUUACCGUUGCGUGUUUCCUCGACCUCCUCCCGCCGAAAGCCUCGUGAGCUGCGGCGAAGGCGGCAUUCUCGGACCCGUAGUGGGCACAAUGGGCGUGUUACAAGCGUUAGAGACUAUUAAACUUAUCACUCGCCGCGCUGCUUCUUCUUCUGCAAGCGGGUCUCCUGAAAAGCCCACGCCCAGUCUUCUUUUAUUCUCAGCAUACGGAUCCCCUCCGUUCCGCAGCAUCCGGCUUCGCUCCCGACGUGCCAACUGUCUUGCUUGUUCCGCACUUUCUCCAGAGUCAGGCUGUAUUACCAAAGAGUCACUUUCCUCGGGCUCCCUUGACUACGUGCAAUUCUGCGGCGUGACUAAACCCGUGAAUAUCUUAGCCGCAGACGAGAGAGUAACCGCAACAGAGUACAACAACGCUCGCAAGACCGGCAACACUGGCAAGGAACAGGGCGUUCUAAUUGACGUGAGAGAAAAAGUACUGUAUGAUAUCUGCCAUAUCGAUAACAGCAUCAACAUCCCGUAUUCGACUAUCGUCGCAGAGUCUCGACGCAUGCCUUCCCCUUCUCCUUCUCCUUCUACUCCUACUUCUUCUUCUGUUGAGGCGCAAAAUACGCAGAAUACGCAGAAUCUGCAAGAGGCAGGUAACGAUGCUACCUGGUUUCCAAAUGUCCCUUCAAACGCCCCAAUCCACGUGAUUUGCCGUCUUGGCAACGAUUCGCAGCUGGCUGUGAGGCGGUUUCAGGAAAUGGGCCUCGCACAGGGCGGGAACCGGUAUAUUGGCGACAUCAAGGGCGGGCUUAAGGCUUGGAAAGAUGAAGUGGAUAAGUCCUGGCCAGAAGUCUGACUGUGUCGGUACUUGAUAUGAGUUAAUGUGGCCGAGUUGGGCCUUGAGCGUGUAGAAUUCCAAUAGGUUUCAAAAAUGGUUAUUCUUCAUUUUCGUCAUUUUCAUUCUGGGUUUUAUUUAUUUAUUUAUUUAUUUAUUUCUUUAUUUAUUAUUUUUGGUUUUCCCCUAC